GCAUCUCUGUGCUGAGUACUGUGUACUCUCAUUUAAUCUUCAUAGCCCAUGAGGCAGGUAUUGGUGUCUUAUAGAUAAGGGAUCAAACCAAACCCAUUGCUAUCGAGCUGAUUCCGAAUCAUAGCAACCCUAUAGGACAGAGUAGAACUGCCCCAUAGGGUUUCCAAGAAACAGCUAGUGGAUUUGAACUGCUGGCCUUUUGGUUAACAGACAAGGUCUUAACCACUGUGCCACCAGGGCUCCAUAAAAAAGAGAAGGGGCACAAAAAUAAGGGGAUGUGCCCAAGAAAGUUGUUGAUCUGGGGUCUGAUUCAGGGAUGCUUUCCCUAAAUCCCAGCUUUUAACCACUAGAAGUCAGGCACUGGUUCAUCAUGGUGAGUGAACCUGCCCUCCAGGAGCUUAGCCCAGUGAUAGAUGUAGUCAGCUACUGGGGAAGCAGACCUCAGUGUCACCAAGAGCAUUAAGGGAUACCCACUUCAGGUGAUCUGGAAAUGUCUGUUUGCCUUUAAGGCUGAAUCAGCCGACCAUAAUGGGGGAGGGUCAUCCAGGAGGGAGGAACACCGUGCAUAAAAGUUUAAGGUGGGAAUGGCUUGGAGUGAUUGGGAAAGGGGGGUCAUGUGGCUAGAGUAGGGACAAUGAGCACUGUGGUGAAAGGUGGGCAGGGUAGGUCAUGGUGCAGUGUUAGGAUAUCAUUCUAAGGGUGAUAAGAAGUCAAUGAAAGGCUUUUUACCAAAGGACAUUCAUAGCAGCUCUGCAGCCAGAAGAGGGUGAAGGACUCUGGGCGGGUCGCACUAGCCACACCACCCCCUCUGACCUGUAUGAGUGAUAUGUGGUUGAAGGCCAUCUGCUUUUCUGGGGGAUGAGUCAGGUAUCUCCACUGGGCUCUGAGGGACUAUACCUCCUCCAAUGACUUAAAGGGCUCUUCCAUAGAAAGAGGAAUAGCAGAGAUGGGUACGAGGUGGGGCCUGUGGUGGUUAAGGGUCCAGGCUCUGGGGUCAGGCAGGUGGACUUCUAUCAGUCACCUGAAAUCACACGCAGAGGCGGAUGACCCAAGGUAAGCAUGGGCUUACUUGUGCUUAUUUACUAAUCUGUAGUAAACGAUUUCACAUGUUUUUCACUGGGAAAUCGUAAAUUUGAAAAGAGGCUUUGAUUCUGUAGGAAAAUGCCAUACCUAGAAGAAGACUCUUUGAUGUGAAAAAAUGUGAAAUGGUGAACUACAGAUGAUCUGGUAAGCACCCUGCUUGCCUUGCCUGUUGGAUAAUAUACCCCUGGUCACACGGCUAGUGGGUUACUCACACUUCCUGAGCUUCACCAUCUUUAAAGCAGGGACUGUAAUACAGCCUUCUUCUCAGGAGUUAUGAGAGCCAAAGCAACUCACAUGAAGCAAUUAAUCUACUCUCUGGCACAUAAUAGAACUCAGUGUCUAGAAGCUGGUAUACAAAUAGCUACUGUUACCAAUUACCUACUGGCUCUAACGGGAGAAAUUUGCAAGCUGUAAGAUGUUGGGUUUAUGGAAAAUUUCCUACCACUUAAGGUUGUGAAACAUAGAUGAAACUGCUUUGUGGGGCAGUGAGAGAUCCAGCUGGACUAAUCCAAGAUGGAUAUUAGUUUAUUGGCAAUUUUAAAGGGUCCAUAUAGAACACAACAAGAAGACUGAUCUCAUAUUCCUCCCAUCUCCAGGGCUUCAUUAACCUUAGUACCAGUGAGAAUAAGCUCUGCAUUGACCUGAUGACUAAAAGGAUAAGCCGUGUUCUGGGUUUUGCAGGGACUCCCCCAGGCCCAGUCCCUCUAGAAUGUUCCUGAGCGUGUGGUAGAUACAAGAGUGGGGCUUAGGAGUUUGAAUAGUUUCUAGAACAGCACAUCUAACUUCCUGGCCUUGCUGACUGUAUCCAGAGGUAUUCUCUGGAUAAGUAUAUGGUGGGUAGGCAGCCCAGGGAACCUCUGGUCCAAGUGUAAAGAUUGAGAAGGUUGUAAAAUUAAACACUGCCUGGUGAGUUAUCUGCGUAACCUAUGAUGAGAAGGUGGAAGCCUCCAUUCGCUAAGGAACGUACAGCCUGCAUACCAAUUCCCCUUCUAGGAAGUCACGUAUGUGCAGGGCAAACAUCAUGUGCAUACUAGGAGUAGGAUGAGGCCUCAUGGCCUUCCCCAGUUGGGUUGCCCUUAAAUCUCUUUGCCAACAGCUGAGUCGGAGUGACAUGAACUGCACUGAGGAUGCCCUGCUGCAAUACCCUGAUUGGAGAGGGCAACCAUUCCUAUGGGAAGAAGUGGCCCGGUUCCUGACCUACUACUGCAAGGCACCUGCUCCCCUUGAUCCAGAAAAUGUGGUUGUUCUAAAUGGCUGCUGCUCUGUCUUCUGUGCACUGGCCAUGGUUCUGUGUGAUGCAGGGGUAAAGGUCUUUCUGAUCCCCACCCCCUUCUAUAGUGGUCUCGCCUUGACCUCCCGUCUGUAUACAAAAAUUGAGCUGUUUUUCAUCCACCUGGACAGUGAGCUCACUGGUGAGAACACCCGACCUUUCCAGCUCACUGUGGACAAAUUGGAACAAGGCCUGCAUGAAGCUAGGCUUAAGAGGAAAAAGGUCAGAGGCCUCGUGCUAAUCAACCCUCAGAAUCCCCUGGGUGACGUCUACUCCCGAGAUUCACUGAUGGAAUACCUGGAAUUUGCCAAGAGGCAUAAGCUACAUGUGAUUCUAGACGAGAUUUACAUGCUGUCUGUAUUUGAUAAAUCCAUCACGUUCCACAGUGUCCUGAGAAUGGAAAGUUUGCCUGAUCCCAACAGGACCCAUGUGAUCUGGGGUACCAGUAAGGAUUUUGGCAUCUCUGGCUUCCGCUUUGGUACUUUAUACACCCACAGCAAGGAAGUAGCUGCUGCUGUGAGCUCCUUUGGCUGCCUCCAUGGCAUCUCUGGCACCACCCAGCAUAAGCUGUGUCGGCUGCUCCAGGACAGAGAUUGGAUUGAUAAAAUGUACCUGCCCACUAAUCACUCCCGGCUCCAGGAGGCUCACAAGUAUAUCGCAGACAAACUGAAGGCCUUGAAGAUCCCCUUUCUCAAUCACGGCUCUGGCCUCUAUAUCUGGAUCAACCUGAAAAAGUACCUGGACCCAUGUACAUUUGAGAACGAGCUAGUCCUCCACCACCGCUUCCUGGAUAACAAGGUGGUAUUGUCCUGUGGCAAGUCCUACAUGUGUAAGGAGCCAGGCUGGUUCCGCCUUGUCUUUGCAGAUAAGCCCCGCCGGAUGAAACUGGCCAUGCAUUGGUUCUGUGAAGCGCUACAAGAACAGAAGAAGGAGUUGGUAGCAGGGCUCCCAGAGGAUAUGCACAGGAGUAGGCUGUCUGCCUCCCAUCCAGCCACAUGCUCGGCUGGUCCAGAGGGCUGAGACAUGGAACUGCUACUGUGACUGGGCAAACAGUGGGCUGCUCCAGAAAUGGUCUCAUCUGGCCCAGUCACUGACCUCUUUGAACGGAGUCAAACAUCUGUCACUUUUGGAAGCUUUGCAUCUUUUUAGUCUUUGCUAACCAUUGUGUGCGGGGCAAAAUGGAUGUUUUUACUGAGGUUGGGAAGGCCUAGGGGACACCUGGAGUGGGAUAAAGGAGUCCCCUGGAUCCUUAUUUAGAUUUUUUUUUUUUAAUUCAAUGUCUAAUAAAUUCCAUGUUGUUGUUGUUAGGUGCCAUUGAGUCAGUUCCAACUCAUAGCGACCCUAUGCACAACAGAACGAAACACUGCCUGGUCCUGAGCCAUCCUUACACUCGUUGUUAUGCUUGAGCUCAUUUUUGCAGCCACCGUGUCAGUCCACCUUGUUGAGGGUCUUCCUCUUUUCCGCUGACCCUGUAUUCUGCCAAGCAUGAUGUCCUUCUCCAGGGACUGAUCCCUCCUGACAACAUGUCCAAAGUAUGUAAGACACAGUCUCGCCAUCCUUGCUUCUAAGGAGCAUUCGGCUGUACUUCUUCUAAGACAGGUUCGGGUAUAGGGUCGCUAUGAGUCGGGAUCAACUUGACAGCACUGGGUCUAUGAGUCAGAAUCGACUUGAUGGCACUGGGUUUGAUCUCUUGAAUACUGGUAUUCAAUAAAGCCUUCUUACUACUUACCUCUUCCUGUCUCAGUAUUGGCUUUGCAGCAGGUGGCUGGAACCCACUUUUGCAGUAAAAAUAGCAGAGUAGGACUGCCCCAUACAGUUUCCAAAGAGCAACUGGUGGGUGCAAACUGCUGACCUUUUCGUUAGUAGCCAAGCUUCUUAACCACUACAGCACCAGGGCUCCCAACAAAGAUAAAGCAAAGACAAAAAGUGGAACGGUCAAAAGACCACAUCUUCUCAGCCAUACCCAUAUUGAGGGAUCCUGAAUAUUUCCCGACAUAGGGAAAGACGACUUUUUCUGCUGAAGGCGCCUCAGAGAUACUUAGCUUUGCACGUGGGCCCCCGGACCUGGGUUUUCUACUUCAUUGCUG